AUGUUUGAAAAUUUAUCAAAAACUUCAUCUGAUAGUAUUUUACCUAGAUGGAUAGAAAUUUGGAAUAUUACAUCAGCAGUAAUAUGUAUUCUUGAUGUAGCAUAUACAAUGUUAAGACCAUUAACAGUUCGUGGUGGAAUUUUAGAAAAUUUUUAUUAUCUUUGGAAUAUUUAUUCUGACGUUGAUCUUCGAUAUGGAGACCCAAAGGAUAUUGUUACAAUGGCUACAGGGAGAUUAAUGAUUAUUGAAAUUAUAAUGUGUCUGUAUAUUAUUUAUUUGAAUAAAAAAAAAUCAAGACAUACUGUUUUAACAUGUUUUACAGUUAAUGUUCUUAUUUUUUGGAAAACAUUAUUAUAUUUAACACUAUACAUUAGGCAACCACAUGGUACACAAUCUUAUAUUGCCUCAAAUUCAUCAUUCUUCAAAACAUUCUUUGUAUUUUGGGUUGCUGAUGGUAUUUGGUGUUUAAUUCCAGGACUUGUAAUAAUAAAACUUUGGAAUCGUCUUGCAACAAAAGAAACAAUUAAUAAUAAUAAUAAUGAAUAUGGAAUGGUUGAAACAAAUGAGAAUGAUCAAGAAUUAUUAAAAGAGGUUAAAAGUGAUAAUAUAAUAUUAAAUAAAGAAGAUAAUGAGGAAAAUAAUAAUAAAAAUAACUCAUCAAUUGAGGCAUCUGCAAAUGUUUAA